AUGUUUAGGCAGGGAUCCCGGAGAACACGAAUACGUCGUAUUAAGAGGUAUGGAAAUGAGACUUUCCAGUAAGUGAUGGAAAAUAACACCAGUAUACCUUUUUAGGAGCCACAGGAGAACGCCGAUGACUUUCGAAACCAAGUACUGGACAAUAGCUUCCGAAAGCAAUUGGUAUGCUACCCUAUUUGUAACUCCCUCUUGCAUUAGACGUCCUACCUCACAUGCCUUGGUGGGCACAAUGUAGAUGACUUCGUCAAGCGAAUGUUCAAGCAGGAUGUUCAAUGAGUGAUGGACCAUCAUCCACGCAAGAGGUUUCUAUGUAAUUAACCUUCUUUAAAUUAUUUUUUAAUCCAAUAAACUUUUUCCCUUCUAACACGCCUUCAAAAUAGUUCUUUUUGGUCGAUCUAGUUACUUCGGUUGCAAUAGCCACGUGAAUUUUCUCGUUCAACGCGUUAUAAAGUGAGCAACAGCAGGCCUAGUAAGCCGGGAUGGGAAUGACUAAGGCGAACAGACAAUAAUAAAAUUAGAUAUGGGUAUAAGAACAAGUAACCGCAGCAUGCGCAUGCCCUAACGUGUCCUUAUCGCCGAUUUCGGAGUAUCUCGAAAAAUAGAUAUCUAGUCGAUAUCUAGACCGCGGACAAAAUCGAUAUCUAACCGAUAUAGGUAUCUCGAAAAAUAGAUAUCUAAUAGAUAUCGUCUCGAUAUAGUUUGCUACUAGGGUGGCAAACCAGUGCCUCGAGCACCCACCUAUACCCACCAAGCUCGUCUCAACUGCCCACACUGUCCUCGCACUUUCAGGCAUCGCAUGGGCCUUUUCGGCCACAUGCGCAUCAACGACGACCAGCGGUAGACAACCGCCGGUCACACCGCACAUUCACUUACCCCCUACCUCCUCCUCCUCCUCCUCCUCCUCCACCACCACCAUCACCCCACCAGAAAUCAACGCUCACACACCUCAUGCACCCAACUGCCACCUCCCACGCAAGUGGGAAGUCCGCAUCUCGACUCGGUCCCCAUGCGGCUUCGGCUGCACGGGUGACUUGUGUCCGAGACUAUCCCGACACGUCAGGCGUCGUGGAUAGGAAGGUUGCUGAUUGAGGCCUGCUCUCGGUUCACGCAGUUCGUCGCGUUGUGUGUGUGUGUGUGUUGUGUGGAGUGGCGUAUUGGUGGGCGGGGGACUGGCUGAAACAGCACCUUCCACGGCACUCUCACGCAAGUGAGAGACACGCCGUUCAACCCCCGUUGUGUGAAAUCCUGGUGUUGUGUGUAUGGGGGGCCAGGUCGUGCCGUGGCGCGCGCAGUCAUGGUCAGUCGACCAUGACAACCACCGCGCCCAUUCCCCAUUCCUGUCUGCUGACCGGCUCGGACAGCGGCUGGGUUGCGGGAGUGGGAGGGAAGAGUGAGGUCGACGACUCAGCGCACUUUCUCCUCACUAUAAACAAUCUGACGCGCUUGAAGCUAUCACGGUGCGCCAAAAGCCGUGGCUUGGAAGGUUGCCAACUGACGGGAUAACUUGGACCUCCUCCUCGACUGGAGGCGGUCUGAGAGUCAGGCUGCAAUGGCUCCUUUUUAAUGUGGCCUUUAUGGCACCCCCAUCACACUGUGGGAUCCGAGCCAGGCGUUGGCGGCACGCCCAGGUGCGGCUUCGGCCGUGCCAGCCUCCAAAUCUCUGUUAUGUUGGUUGAAAUCCUGGUUAUUGUUGUGUGGACCAGGGGGUGUGGUGGAACGCCAAGGUGAGGAUUCGUCCGAGCCAUCCACCUGCGGCCUCCCUCGUCUCCGGUCUUCUUGACUCUGUCUUGACACCGGGCCCAGGCGGGGGAGGAGGAGAGAGUGUAGGUAGAUGCUACGCAAGUCUACCGGCACUAUAAACCCCUGCGUAAGUCACCGUCCCUGCUCCCAUUGCUGCUGCAACUGUGGGGCACACGGUGGACAUCGUCGAAACCGAUGGUCGAACUGUCAUAUUUCAACGUCUAUUUUCGCUAAAAUUUACUGAUAUUUUACUUGAUAUAAUUACGUAAACACAAGUUCUGUGCAAGAAAAGGAAAUUUCAUUGAAGGACGUGGGUGAACGAACAAAGUGCGCAACGUUAAAGGCGUCCGUAAAUUCUCCCAUCUGAUUCCGUUAUCGGAUUACAUGAGAUAGGUCACGUACUGUACUUCCCAUGGCCUCAGACUAUUACCGAAACUCCGUUAUUUCUUUUAAGAUUUGCCUUUCGUUUAUUUCUUUUAACGCUGCGCUCAUUUCUGUCACUAUACGAAGGUGUGCAGAAUGACCUUCCGUAUAAAUCUAAAUGAUUUCUAUGUGCUAUUGGAUUUCUUCAGCCUACUGUCUGGCGUGCUGCCCCGCUCGUAACACUUCCAUUACCAUCAUUCGCGUAUGACUGGAUCCGCAGUCUACGGACAGUAAAGUGAUGUCCUUUACCAUACCGUUGCCCCGAAUUCAGAGAAUUUGUGGUGUAACCUUGUUGCAUUUUCCAGAUUCAGCAUUCCUUUUGUACAACAAAAGCUCCGUUAAGGGUUGUGUAUGCCUAUACACACUUUUCCUUUAGGAUAUUUUGACAGUUUUAGCCAUUGUUUGCAAUACAAAUAAAGCAACUUAUCUUGUGUUUAUAAUUAACAAUCAUUUCUUACUACUUAUACUCCAUUUCCUUUGGAUGCUGGGAAGCGAUUUUUGCGUUGCAAAUGCGAACAAUAAAAGGAUAUCCAGGUUACUUAUUAUUUGUUGGAUGGGCCGUUAAUUUGGGCUGAGGUACGUCAUAACAGAAAUUACACUUUCUUGCAAUACUUCCGCUAUUUGUUUCAGGGAGACUGGGAUGAGUUGAGUCACUUGUUGAAAUUCUACCCAUUGUGCGCAUUGUUAGACUUCGUCCUCCCUGUCAAAACGAAGAUGGCAAUGGGUUGAAUUCAGCAGGUGAUCCAGUCGACCCCAGUCAUCCGAAAGCAAAUAGCGGGAAGCAUCUUACUUGUACGGUUGUUUUUUUUACAGGAAGAGCAGUGUAAGGGACGUAACCACGCCGUCGGUACUGCAAAAACCCGAACCGUUGUCAACCGGUUGUGUGAAAAAUAAAAGAUGAACGGCCCCUGCCUGGGCCACGGCCCUGUGUCUCCCAAUGUGGCCCAGCCCCUGGGGUGGUGGCAUGUGCUGGAGGCUUUAGUACACGUCUUUGUUUUCUUCAUAUGAUCAUUCCCUUUCUCAUGCCUUUUAGACCAUUUUCUUCUUUAGUCCGGCCUAUGUCAAUGUUUGUGAGCCUUGAUAUGAUACUCUGUUCCAGUUACGUCGAUACACUUGUAAAUGGCCAACAGCGGAUCUUCCGCAUCCCUUCCCUAACUAUUUGACGGAAUUGGCCCAACGACAGUGACACUAAUAGGUGUUUUUUCGGCCAGACUGCGAACGAAUGGAAGGGGGGAGAAUGAGGAAAUUAAAGGAUGAAAUGAGAGAAAGGAUGAACAGGGGAGAGACGAGGGCAACAACAAAAAGCCAACUUAUCCAAAUCAAGGAGUCAAGCCUGUGGACAAAAUCGCUCGUAAAAAAGGCUGGACCUCCUCAAGAAGAUGGUUACUGAAGACUGCAUUCGCAAAUGUACAAAACCUGUCCAACAAACAAGGUGAAUUUGGGUUAGUUGAUGAAAUAGAGCCAGGCAUAAUGGCUCCCACAGAAACGUGGCUCACUGUAUCUGUUUCCAAAUCCGAAAUACCACUCAGGAGGUAUCAACACUUCAGCAGAGAGAGACCAAACAGGGAGAGGGGUUGUUUUUAUGUCACAUGAAAGCGAACGGCGAUAGCCGAGUUACCGGCUUUUAAAAGAAUUCGCUUGUGGAGUCGCAAUAGACUAACUGGCAUUGAAAUGCGCUUACGGAAAUAAAAGUACAAACAGGACGUUUAUAAAAAUGAGGCCAUCAGGUUUCGCAUUAAAUAAGAACUGAGGACAUUGUAAAAUUCUCUGGAACAACCCAAAAUAUAACAUGGCUACACGCGAAGCACGAGAACUAACCAUGACUCUAUACCCGUUCUUAGGUCUCCAGACGAAAUAUUGGAAACUGAUGACCAAUUUAAAUCACCUUCUCCUUCUAGUCUCUUCCAGUCGGUCUUCUCUCGAGAGGUCAGGUAUUCACCUUGUUUUACCUACGUUUCGAAACCGAUCUGCCCUUCCUUUCUCUCAGCAGAGAGGCUGUAAUUUUCGUCAAAACGUGUUUUUACGAGAUAUUUCCGAUUAAAACACACCGAAUCGAUAAAUAAGGUUGAUAUUCUACUCCUUACCCCAGUAGCUGAAUUUAAUGAAAUAUUUGUCAAUUGUUGUCAUCAGCCAUACCUAGUCCGUUAGGAAUAUCGCAUACGGUAAUACCAGAAAAAUCGCAUCUAAAUACGCGUGUUGAAAAAACUCUUUAACAGACAUACUUUUCCGUUGGCGUGGAGUUGGAUAUGGUAGACCGAUUUUCUCUUGCCCACGCGUAGCUUCACGUGAUUCGGUCCAGUUAAACUUUUAGGCUCCAUAAUUUUGUAAAACAAUCAACUUUUAUAAUGCUCCGUCAUCAAGGACCUAGGCCUAAGUUAUACGAAUAGGCUAGCUUUUUCUCUUCAUUCCGACCGAAUUUCUGCAGGGGCUGCGUAGAUAUUGCAUCAGUGCCUCCUUUAGGAGAUAAAGCAAAGUUUUUACCGCAUUCUUGCCCUUCCCGUCCUCGAACUUUGCUGUCCUUUAUCCGGAUGCCUGUGACAGUAGUAAAACCAUUAAUGUUUGGAGGGCUUUAACUCAAGGACUCUUCUACCGUGGUUUAUCCAGUACUUCUAGUACCGAGGUAUAUUAAUUGGCAAACAUCAAAUUUUUAUGGCUCAUAAUGUUCGAAGCCGGCUUUUCCUUCCUAUUUUGCAUUAAUUCUAGUCCCGAUCUUCCACGCAUUUAUACUCUCAAUCCAGUGAAUUGACUUUAUGACACACCGAACUCCUCCAUGGUCAUUCCACCAUCUCUGCUCUACAUCAAAGCGUUUGUCUUUCUUGCCACUAAAUCUACUUUCCUCUGAGACAAUCUUGCACUUAAAAUUAGGUCGCCACCGGGACUAUGGAUACUCAAUGAUUAAACUACGUAAGCACCUUAACUUGGGAGAUAUAAAGUGUUAUGACCCGCCUGGUACUUGAAACCCCGUGAAGCGUAUACGCACACGACCCUUGUCCCCAAUACCAACGCGGCAGAGAAGGAGAACGCGACCGGCCACGAAAAUGUGUAUUAGGAAAAUGCGAGUCAAAAUUAACUGGAAGUAGCGCAUAUUUAUAACGUCCUACUGUGCUUCGCCGGUAUUUGUCCCAAUGCCCAUCGGGAAAACAUUCCAGACGAGCCGGUCGAUAAUUCGAAUAUGCAGAUCGAUCAGGCCCGAGACGAAAAGCCGAUGGAGAGGCGCCACAUUAAGAUGACAGCGCAGUAGAGAAAACGCACGUGGCCUCCCGUGAUUGGCUGGCUCUUGUUUUUGGGAUUGUAUGCGCUCUCAACAUAAAGCCCUGUCUACCUUUCACUCUCGUCCUUAUACAAUACCACAUGCAGGCCAGUCCUGUGUGAACCGCAUACGUACCCCUCAAGGCUGACAUUCAUUUCUGCCCUGUCGAUGCUCGAUUAUAAUCCGUUAUACACCGCGACAUGCAGGCCAGUCCUACCCGCAUUUUUUUUCUUAUUACGAGCGACAUUUUUCUUCUCCUGUAAAGUUUAUCCCAUCAUUCUUUUUCCUCUUAAGCGGAGUUUAUUUCACUGCUCGCUCAUCUUUUUCUUAACGGACUACUAGUUCAGAAACUAUGAAUUAUAUUUUGUACAGAUUCUGUCUACCUCGUCUAAAAUUUCAAUGAAAAUUUAUUUUUACUUGCUUUGAUGUGACCCCGAUGGGUCUUUAAUAAAAAUUAUUUAUAUAUUUAUACACUCAACUUCUGGACUUCAAAAUACGCCUCUCUGUAAGUGAAGGGUGGGUUGUAUAUGCUUUACUUGUUCAGCUGGAAACCCGCUUAACUUUGCGACUCUAUCUUAGUAAUUGUGUUAUUUCAUCUACCGAUUUUAUCUUCUAAAGCAAAUGUGUUCACGGCCGUUAACCUUCCGCUCCUCGUUUCAGGCCUAAGCGAAAGUUUGACGCUCAAAGUGGGUCCCUCAGUCUUGACAACUUGUCGAUGAUUCUCUCGGCGAGAGAAGAAACGUUAUGGUCGUAUCUACCGCGCUUUGGGUGUGCAUUUAGCCUCUUCCGGUUUUCUAUUGUCCCCUUGGCAAGAAAAUUUUUGAAUCCUCAUAAACCCACCAGUAGAGUGGUACAGUCCAAAUUGCACUCAUUCUCGUCUGAUGCGCAACAAUUAUCUUUCCCCCUAAAAAUUCAAACAAUGUAUACUCAUUUCAGAAUUCCUCCGGCGAAUCGUUCCCAAGCAAGACGCCUUUGCAUGCUUAGCUCAGCUUCGUAUGUCAAUGUCUUUUUGACACUCCUACAACGCCAGCAAGCGGACGUCCAAUUCAGCAAUCAUAAUUAUUAUGAGCACAACUUGGUGAUUAUAGAGGCUGAUUUAUUCGUUCCGGAAUUUAUUUGCGAAUAUUUUUUCCUUUACAAUGACAGCGUCCACAACAUUGCUUAACAAAACGAUUAUUAUUCUAACGGAAUAUUUCGGCUGCUCUUGCUUUUGACCCUCAUCACUUUUAAUUUCAUUUAACGACGGAUGGUUGGCAGUGGCCAACAUUGGCCUAAUUGCUUAUUGGCGCUGUGUUUAACGUUAAGUGGAGCUGGAGUCAGAAGUAGUUUGCUUCUUACGUAACUCUCGUCUCACUCAAUGAAUACAUCAUGACGAAGGGGGUUAAGGGGAUGCUCAUGUAAUUACCCGAUCUGGUAACCUUUUAAUACCUGCUUAGUUUUGAAGUAGUUGGGAGGCAACUUUCUGUCACCGCACGCAUAACAUGCAUGCACUUCGGCAGACGACCGUCUGAUCAAUAGGGACUAUACCCACUCUCGGGGAGCUUUAUUGCAGCAGCAGACAGUGUAGCUUACAAUAUGCGAGUGCGAAAUGCCAAUAUCAGUAAAGUGUGCGAAUGGGCCAUGCGAAACAACAUAGCGCACUCUCAUUUGUGAGAACUGUUAGAUACAUUUAGGCCGACCGUGCCGCAACUGCCAGCAGAUUCGAGAACUCUGCUCGGGGCGUCGUAUAAUUUGGAAGUAGCCCCAAUGUGCGGCUGGGAAUACGUCCAUGUAGGUUUGGAAAUAAAACUUCGCAGACUGGUCAGUAAGAUGACCGUCCCCUAGCAAUCGACGGUUUCCAGUCCAUAGAAAACCGAAAACCAUAAUGUGGCCUAUCUUAGGAAGAAUAGAGCGGCUGCUCAUCAGUAACGUCUUUCCAGUAGGUAUAUAUUUCGGCAAUGUGAAGCCGUGUGACGUCCUAGCUUUCUGUAAUCCACUACAGGAAAUGAGAAUUGCACAUGAAUGACGACAUCCAAGUAGCACGCUUUGUGGUCGAAGCGGUAAACUGUGCGGCUCCUGUUAGGGCCUUCAUUAAACAAAUUAAGAAUAUGAACACCUGUUACGGAUGUGAACGUUGCAACGUGGAAGAAAUAUAUAUGGGGAAAGUGGUCUACCUGGAGGAAGGGGAGGGAGAAAGGGUGGACGCGGAAUUCCUGCAGUCUGUCGACGACGAUUACAGGGCUGUCAUAUGUCCUUUUUAGCUUCAAAUUUGGGCAUAAUUUCAAAAUGUCCUCUAGACCCCCUUCAUCUCGCAUAUUUGGGAGUGGUGAAGAGGUUGCCUAAUUUAUGGGUAAGAAAUCAUAAUUCUAAAGUCAGCGUGCUUACAACGCCAUCGGCUCUUAAGCCCGUGGAUGUUGGAGCUAUAAACAACCAACUGCACUCCAUAAACACACGCCUUUUCAAUAAUUUAAUUACUGCUGUAUCCACAGUGGUCUUCGGGAUUUGAAAUGGUGA